AUGUUCGAAAUGAAUGCUGCAGAACCGAUGCAAGUGGAUGUUCCAUUGGAAGACAACGAAAACAAUGAGACAGAAUGUUAUGUAGUUGAGAAUCCAACCUUGGAUCUAGAAACAUAUGCUGCAUCUUAUACCGGCUUUGCAAAGUUGUACAGAUUAAUGUUUGUAGCAGAUCAUUGCCCAUCACUUAGAUUAGAGGCUUUGAAAAUGGCUAUAUCAUAUGUUAUGACCACAUACAAUGUAAGUCUUUACCAAACUCUACACAAAAAGCUCUCCGAGGCCAUUGCAUCAGCUGGCUUACCAGACGUUGCCGUUCAGAUGGGCUCACAAGAUAUACCUGUAUUAGAUACUAUGUGGGUAGAAUCAAAAACCAAAAAAGCUGCUAUAAAGUUGGAGAAAUUGGACACUGACCUUAAAAAUUACAAAACAAAUUCUAUUAAGGAAAGUAUCAGGAGAGGACAUGAUGAUCUUGGAGAUCAUUACUUAGACUGUGGAGAUCUUACCAGUGCACUUAAAUGUUAUUCAAGAGCCAGAGAUUAUUGUACAAGUGGCAAACACAUUAUUAUGAUGUGCCUCAAUGUAGUUAAAGUGUCAGUAUACUUGCACAACUGGGCUCAUGUUCUUAAUUAUGUAUCAAAAGCAAUAGGCACACCGGAUUUUAAUGAAGUUCCAGGGAAAGAGUCUAAUCAGUCUAUUUUAACCCGUUUAAAAUGUGCAGCGGGCUUAGCAGAAUUAGCAACUAAAAAAUAUAAAUCUGCUGCUAAACACUUCCUUGCAGCAAGCAUCGACCACUGUGACUAUCCAGAACUGCUGAGCAGUAACAAUGUUGCAGUGUAUGGUGGACUAUGUGCACUAGCCACAUUUGACCGCUCUGAAUUACAGAAGCAAGUCAUAGUUAGCAGUUCUUUUAAAUUAUUUCUAGAACUAGAGCCUCAGUUACGUGACAUAAUUUUUAAAUUUUAUGAAUCUAAAUAUGCUUCAUGCUUAAGGCUACUUGACGAGAUUAAGGAUAACCUCCUCUUAGAUAUGUAUUUAGCACCCCAUUUAAAUUCACUUUAUAUGCAAAUACGCAACAGAGCAUUAAUUCAAUACUUCAGCCCCUAUUUAUCAGCUGAUAUGCGUCUUAUGGCUGCUGCUUUUAAUCGCACUGUUAAUGCUCUGGAAGAUGAAUUGAUGCAAUUAAUACUUGAUGGACAAAUCCAAGCUCGUAUUGAUUCACAUAACAAAAUAUUAUAUGCUAAAGAUGUAGAUCAGAGAAGUACCACUUUUGAAAGAAGCCUUGCCAUGGGAAAAGAGUACCAACGACGAACAUCCAUGUUGAUUCUACGAGCUGCUAUGCUUAAGAACCAGAUUCAUGUGAAGAAUGUGGGUCGCGAAACUGGUCCACAGAGUGGAGAAGCACCCGGCUCCAGUACCAGCCUCACUCCACGCUUCGAUCCUGUGCCCUUGUGA